AGUUGCCCUUCCGCCAUCAUUGAAGCGGCACGGCGUUAUGAUCGCGCAAUGAUAAGUGACAAAUAAAUAAUUGUUACUAUGGCAGCCGGUUUCGUCGGCUCCACGAAGAGUUUUCCUUUUUCAUUCGACGUAGAUGUGGAAGAAGACGACUUGGGACGCGGCACGCCACAUCUAAACAAGCGGAUAGGGAGCGAGAGCCCGACGAGCGCAGUCGGCGCGGAGGUGCCCCGAGAGCUUCCGAAUGAACUGUCUGCGCCCUACGAGGUGCCCCAGUUCCCUAUCGAACAAAUUGAGAAGAAACUGCUCAUACAGAGACAACUUAAUGUAAAGGCAGCAGAAUGCGGGCAGUCAGCUCGCUCGUUCGCGGGCAGCGAGGCGGGGGGCGCCGCCGCCGUGUUCGAGGAGGCGGCGAGGCUGCGGGACGAUGAUGAUUUAGACGUUAUCUUACCGCACUUCCAGCGGGUCGCCAUCAGCGGGGAGGAUACCUCUGGGGUCCCACUAGAGGACCUCCAGCAAGCGUCCUCAUACUUGGUGCAAGCGCUGGAGAUCCGCAAGCGCUACAUGGAGAUGUCCAGCCAGAGCUUCUCCAGCAUCACGGCGCGGUUCCUGCGCUCCAUCGAUCCGGACGGUGCGGCUAACCACACGCCCAGUGUCAAGGUGCCGCAGCGGCAUAUAGCUGACCACAUAGUGCACCCGCCGUUCAAGCAGGGGCGCGACCCGUGGGAGUGCCCGAUGCCGGCGCCCAAGGGCUACCACGUGCGCGCGGCGGAGGGCGUGUACAACCUGUACCGCGACGCCGCGUGCGCCGACCGCGUGCCCUACGAGUACGUCACGCUCGCGCAGUACAUACAGGACAAGAACACCAUGUGCACCAUGAUCGCUGAUGGGCCGCUGAAGUCGUUCUGCUACCGGCGCCUGAGCUACCUGUCGUCCAAGUUCCAGCUGCACGUGCUGCUCAACGAGUUGAGGGAGCUCGCCUCGCAGAAGGCGGUGCCACAUCGGGACUUUUACAAUAUACGAAAAGUGGACACACACAUACACGCGGCGUCGUGUAUGAACCAGAAGCACUUGCUGCGUUUCAUCAAGAAGACUCUGAAGAACCAUGCGGAUGAAGUGGUGACACUACACAAAGGCACCCCAAUGACCCUGAAGGCGGUGUUCCAGUCGAUGAACCUCAGUACCUAUGACCUUACUGUUGACAUGCUUGAUGUUCACGCGGACCGCAACACGUUCCACCGCUUCGACAAGUUCAACGCGAAGUACAACCCGAUCGGCGAGAGCAGGCUGCGCGAGGUGUUCCUCAAGACCGACAACUAUAUGAACGGGAAGUACUUCGCCAGGAUCAUCAAGGAGGUAGCCUCGGAUCUAGAGGAGAGCAAGUACCAGAACGCCGAGUUGCGUCUCUCGAUCUACGGCAAGAGUCCCAGCGAGUGGGCCAAGCUGGCCAAGUGGGCCAUCCAGUACGAGGUCUACUCGAACAACGUGCGCUGGCUCAUACAGAUACCGCGCUUGUACGACAUCUUCAAGUCGAACAAGAUAAUGAGCAACUUCCAAGAGUUCCUCAGCAACAUCUUCCAGCCGCUGUUCGAGGUCACCAACGACCCCAACAGCAAUCUCGAAUUGCACAAGUUCCUUACCCACGUGGUCGGGUUCGACAGCGUGGACGACGAGUCGAAGCCGGAGAACCCGAUGCUGGACGCGGAGGUGCGGCCGCCGGCGCGCUGGGACGACGACGAGAACCCGCCCUACGCGUACUACCUCUACUACAUGUACGCGAACCUCACCGUGCUCAACCACUUCCGCAAAGAGCAAGGUCUGAACACGUUCGUGCUGCGGCCUCACUGCGGCGAGGCGGGUCCCGUGCAGCACUUGGUGUGCGGCUUCAUGCUCGCUGAGAACAUCUCCCAUGGACUGCUGCUUCGGAAGGUGCCAGUCCUGCAGUACCUGUACUACCUGGCCCAGAUCUACAUCGCGAUGUCUCCGCUCAGCAACAACUCGCUGUUCCUGAACUACCACCGCAACCCGCUGCCGGAGUUCCUCGCGAGAGGCCUCUGCAUCACGCUCAGUACUGAUGAUCCGCUGCAGUUUCACUUCACUAAGGAACCUCUGAUGGAAGAAUACAGCAUUGCAGCCCAAGUGUGGAAGUUGAGCUCAUGUGACAUGUGCGAGUUGGCUCGCAACUCUGUGCUCAUGUCUGGCUUCCCUCAUGAGAUGAAACAGUACUGGUUAGGUCCAAACUACACGAAGGAGGGUGUCGCCGGAAAUGACAUCACGCGCACAAACGUACCGGAUAUACGCGUCUCCUUCCGCUACGAGACCAUACUUGAUGAACUUACCAAUAUAUUCAAGGAAGGAAUGUCGACCCAUCAGUAAGACCACACGCAGUACUGUGGAUACAACGUGCUAAAAUAUAAAAUUAUAUAUAAUUAAUAUAAUCGUGCUAUAUGUAAUGUCGCUUGGGUACUGUUGCCCCAAUAUGUAUCGAGUAAGAUUUCCCCCAAUGUGAUAAUUAGGUGAGGCUAAAAUAUAGUGAAUGUUUAAUCGAAUGGUUUUUAUUAACAUUUGUUAUCGUUAUUAAUAUUUUUAUCAUUUUUAACCAUUUAAUCUGUAUCAUUUUUUUACGGUUGUAUAUUUGUGAUUAUACUUUUCGAUCGAUAGGUUUUAAGACAUUUAUAAACUAAUUGUUUUUGUUUAAUAUUAUUAAGUAUAAAAUAAUGAUUCUAACAUAUUGGUUAUAUUUUUUUUAUAAUUUAAUGCGUUUUUAUUGCACAUGUAGUUUUAUAAUCCUCCGUUUUUACACUUUAAGACUUCCUGUUAUUAACAAAGUGCCUCCAAAGACGAAUAAUCUAGAUAAAUAAGGAUCCAUGCUGCAAAUAGAUUUAACUUUGGCCUUUUAUACAUCAAAAGUGUGUAACAUUUAAAUUUUAUAAUGCAUAGUGUAGUUUUAUGGUAAUAGACUCAACAAAUUGUUUCAAUUGAAUAAUUUAAUUUACACUGUACUCAGUGUAAAUAAAAUUAUUUUCAUUCUCCAUUACUUUAUGGAUGAUAUUUAUAAAAAUAGCUUCAUUAAUGUUAAUAUAUGUUAGUGUUUCGUUAUUUGCUUGGGAUAAUGUCUUUCAAUCACUGGGAAUACAUAAAAUUUGCUUAUUUUUUAAUGAGUCGUUUUAUCGUUUUUUGCUUUAUUGUCACCUUGAACUAGCUAUCCACAGCAAUCUCAAAAGGUGAAUAGAGAUAUUAUAAAGGAAUUUUUUUCCCACUAUAAUUUUUUUUACGGUCAUAUCAAGUGGUAGCUAAUCACGAUACAAAAAGGAAAUUAUGUAUUCCCGGUACACAUGGUGUGAAAAGUGUUUUCCAUUUUUUUUACAAUGCAUACAUUUCUAUUAUAGUUUAUGAUCUUUUUUCUAAAACAUGAAAUAAAUCAAUACACAACGAACUCUACCAUUACAUGAUAUUACAAAUCGAUACAGAAUAUUUCAAAUUAUGUGACAGAGAUGCACAAUAUACUUGUAUAGCUCCAUCUCUGUCUUACGCUUCAAUGUCUAUAAUUAAAAUGUAGAAGCAAGUAAUGGUAACUAGGAUACCUCUUAUUUCUCAGUUACCAGACUUUUUAACAUAAUAACACAUGUACUUAUUAUUGUCCCUUUGCAAUGUAUAAACGAUUUACCAUAGAUUGUACAUUUUAUUUUAUAUGAAAGUGAAUGUUAUCAUGUUGUUGGAAAUAAAGCUGCUCAUACGGAAA